AUAUCAAUAAUGGUGGCUCAUACAUUCAAUAGAAUACCUUAAAUAAAAAGUUCGAGAUGGAAAUUGUCAUGAUCAUUUCCAAUCUUAUUGCUCUGAGUUUUUCUGAGGGUUGACUCUUAUCAAACAAAAACCUCGAAAAACCGUACCACCGAAAUUCAAAAGGAACAGCCGGGAGGAGUGUUCUAGUAGGCUCAAUAGCGAAUACACGCGUACCCAAUACACACGCAGCAGCACUUCGGAUGAUAGUAAGAGUAUGAAAGCUUGGAGAGCUUCUCCAAAUUCUAACCGUUUACCCAUGAAAAGUUCCUGCCAUUCCUCCCGUGAUUCCCUCGUCUUUGAGUUUCUCCCCGAAGCCACUAGAGAACUGUUUCACCGGAAUUCGAUCGACGCCAUGGACGAGGACAUAAUGAGUUCCGACGGUGUCCACCUCGCCCAUGUCUAUCUUUCCCAGGCCACGAGCGAGACCGAAGACGCGAAAAACAAAAGCGAGCCCGAUCAGUGUAGCGAGGGGGAAAGCAAACAGAGGCAAACACAAACGCCGGACGCAGCAAAACCGAUCGAUGGAAAAAUCGCGAGCAACCACCUCGACGAAAACCUGUUGCAGGUUUAUCGAAACAAACUAACGAUUUUAACGGAAGCAAACACGGAAAAAGAGCGUCGGUUGGAGGAGUUGGAGAAAGAACACAACGACCACAAUGUACAGCACAAGGAAGGCAUAUACUGGCUUCGAUUGCAACUGGACACUACCCGGCGACAAAAGAAAAACGCCGAAAAGCGCCUGGCAGAGAUGAAGAAAGAAUUUCGAAAGCUCGGCGCAGGAGAUGCAUCAACGAGCGAUGAAGACGAUCUGACCAUUGGUAGCGAUUGGGACGAGAAAGACAUCUUGAUUGCCGAGUUGCGCGAGAGACUGCGAAAGAGCGAAGCCGGUUUCGGGGUGAUGGAACGGCAAAUGGCUACGAUCGAAAGCUCGUCCGCACUGGUCAUCAAGUCCCUAAAGGAAGAAAUAGCCAACAUCAUGGAAGACCGAACCAGGGUGGAGCUCGAUCUGCUCAACAAGCUCUCGGAUCUCGACACCGAACGGCAACGAAGACAACUGGAAUUCGCGCUCGAGCUCCAGGACAGGGACGAAACCAUCGACGCCCUGCGGAGGGGCCAGCAGGCCUCGCUGUGCACGGCGGACGCGACGAGUUUCUCGGGCACCUACAGCGAUGCGUCCUGGUGCGUGCACGGGGUCUCGUCCAAGAGCCGGUCGGAGAGCCACGCGGACGAAUCGUUUUCGAACCACCAGCACCACCGGCCCGGGGGGGCCGAGCUGCACCGGAUCCUCGAGGUCGCCUCGCACGACUCGGAGGGUGCGUGCGCGGGAUACGGCGGCGGAAACGACUCGGGCAGGUCGGGCGAGCUCGUGUGGAAAGAGAGGCACCGAAUCGACUCGUCGAUCUGCAAGAUGAAAACCGUCCUGGAGUCCACGAAUGCCUCCAUAUCCAACAUGGAAGGGAUUGUGAAGAGCUUCGAUCCGAACGACGACGCCGGCGGUGAAAACAAGGAGAGAGAAACCAUGAUGUCGAUCCUCCAAUCCGCCUCGCUCAUAAGCGAGCAGGUCAAGCUUUCGAUCUCGCUAAUCGAGCUGAAGCUCAGAAACAAGUCCGAGAGCCUUAAAUCGGGUGUCACAGUGAACGAAGGCCAUCAGGAGUGUUCCUCGGUCGACGAAAAGACGAUAGACACUAUAGAAGAAAUCGAAGACAAUGCGCUUAUCGAACUUGGAAAGGUGGAGGAAACAUUGACCAACCAACUGAAAGAGUUGGAGGAACGAGCAAAGCAAGAACUGAUGAACCAAAACCCCGAUAUAAAGAACGGGUCUUUGCCAAGUUUAGGAGACCAUUGCCACAAGGAUACCAGAUCAAACACAGACGACACGCUGGUGAUAAGCCGCGGGGUGCUACACCGCCUGGAAGAAGAACUCGUCCAGUUCGCCGAGUGCAUGCAAUCGAAGAACGACAAGAUCGAUGAACUGACGGCGGAAAUCCGCAAGCAAAAAAAACGCGAACGCGAUCUAAAAAAGGAAUUGAAAGCAGCAUCGAGAGGGACCAGCAGCGAACGCAGCAGCGGAUCCAAAAGCACCCGAGAACACUACAGAUCCAGGAGCAAGUCCGGAGAUACCAAAUCAACGAGGAGCAAGAGAAUGCCCGAGGAUAGAACCAAGGACCAGAAGGUCGAACCGAAGAAUCUAACCCGCACGCGGACCUUUAGCCACCAGCCGAUCGAGCUUCCCGCCGAGCUGCAGUCGAAGAAAGAGGUUCUGCAGAUCACGUCUAUCAAGCUCGCUCCCGAUUUGUUGGUUCCCCGGGACCAAUCCGCGACGAUGAGACGAAAGGGCAUGCCGGAAGUUUCUCUCCGGGGGGGCACGGAUGCGCUCUCUCCGUGCAAGCUGACUUUCCCGAGGCACAACAAGAACCUGUCGGAAUUUUUCUCGGCCACCAACCAGAAGCUCGCGACCGUCGCAGAAACGCCCUUGGACACCCUCGAGGGACCAUCGAGGCACCUCUAGCAAGGCGCGACAGGGUGAUGGUCUGUGGGGGUGAGGGAGGGCGGAGCAGACUCUGUCAAUCGCCACGCGACUAAGGGGACACAGCGGGGAAGGGGAGGGGGAUAGAUCAACCAAUUCGUUUCGAUCAUAUUAGGUAUUCGGCAAGUCUCGAAUUGCAAGCGUCGCAAUGCAAUACUAUAGUAUACCAUUUUCGACUCCAAUGGAUUAUGAGUAAAAUCAAUAACACAGAAAUCAAUUUACACCGCCAUCAAUAGAUAUAGGCUUCAUUA